AUGGCUGCUCCCAGACCCGUCCUGGGUCUCGGUGCUACUACUGUACGAUCAUGUUUGCGAAAUCUGCGUUCCGGCUCUGCCAUAAUAUCACGAUCAUCACGACCCUUCUCCACGACUCCUCCCGCCAGAGACGCAACUCCCAAUGAUACAUCCAAUCGUCCAACCCAUUUCGGGUUUGAGACGGUCACCGAGGCAGAGAAGAGAGAGCGCGUGGCUGGAGUGUUCAGCAGCGUCGCAGAGACGUACGACCGCAUGAAUGACCUGAUGUCCGUCGGCUGGCAUCGCGUAUGGAAAGAUCACUAUGUCUCCUCCCUCAACCCAGGCUUCUCCUCCGACCCAGCCCACCCCCCAGCACAACACAUCCUCGACAUAGCCGGCGGCACGGGCGACAUCGCCUUCCGGCACCUGCACCACGCCCACACGGUGAACCGCAACCCGAACGUGCGCGUGACCAUCUCCGACAUCAACCCGAACAUGCUGGCGGUGGGCAAGCAGCGGUCGCAGUCGCUGCCGGCGAGCCAGCAGGCGGCGCUGUCGUUCCUGGAGGCGAACGCGGAGGACCUGCGGGCGGCGGGCGUGCCCGACAACAGCGUCGACCUGUACACGGUGGCGUUCGGCAUCCGCAACUUCAGCAACAUCCCCGCGGCGCUGCGCGAGGCGCACCGCGUGCUCAAGCCCGGCGGCAUCCUCGCCGUGCUGGAGUUCAGCAAGGCCGACCGCUGGACGCCCCUCUUCAGCGCCGCCUACAAGCGCUGGAGCUUCGGCGCCAUCCCCCUCAUCGGCCAGCUCGUCGCCGGCGACAGGGACUCGUACCAGUACCUCGUCGAGAGCAUCGAGCGCUUCCCCUCCCAGGACGAGUUCCGCGACCUGAUCCUCGACGCUGGCUUUGUGGUCGGCGGGGAGGGGUACGAGAACCUGACCGGCGGUGUGGCGGCUAUACAUCGGGGCAUGAAGCCAAAGGAUUGA